GCCCGCGCCGCACCGGCCUCCCCGAGAGCGAGCCCCGGCCGCCGCGCCAACCGCCCUCCAACCGCCACCGAGGUGCCCGAGUGAGAGCAGACGAGGCGGCAUGAGCGAGGCGGGCGAGGCCACCGCCGCCGCCGCCGCCACCCUCCCGCAGGCUCCGGCGGAGGCGGCCGCCGCGGCGCCCCAGGACCCCGCGCCCAAGAGCCCGGGCGCCAGCGGCGCGGCGCCCGCCGCCCCGGUCGCAGGGAACGCCGGUGGGGACGCGGCCCCCGCAGCCGCGGGCACCGCGGCCCCCGCCUCUUCGGCCCCCGCCGGCGGUGAAGACGCGGAGAAAAAAGUUCUCGCCACCAAAGUCCUUGGCACUGUCAAAUGGUUCAACGUCAGAAAUGGAUAUGGAUUUAUAAAUCGAAACGACACCAAAGAAGAUGUGUUUGUACAUCAGACUGCCAUCAAGAAGAAUAACCCACGGAAAUACCUGCGCAGUGUAGGAGAUGGAGAAACUGUAGAGUUUGAUGUGGUUGAGGGAGAAAAGGGCGCAGAAGCAGCCAACGUGACUGGACCAGAUGGAGUUCCCGUGGAAGGGAGCCGUUACGCUGCCGACCGGCGCCGUUACAGACGCGGCUACUAUGACAGGCGCCGUGGGCCUCCCCGUAAUUACGCUGGGGAGGAGGAGGAGGAAGGGAGCGGCAGCAGUGAAGGAUUUGACCCCCCUGCCACUGACGGGCAGUUCUCUGGGGCCCGGAGUCAGCUGCGCCGCCCCCCGUACCGCCCUCAGUACCGGAGGCGGUUCCCGCCUUACCACGUGGGACAGACCUUUGACCGUCGCUCACGGGUCUUUCCCCAUCCCAACAGAAUGCAGGCUGGUGAAAUUGGAGAGAUGAAGGAGGGAAUCCCCGAGGGGACACAACUUCAGGGACCCGUUCAUCGAAAUCCAACUUACCGCCCAAGGUACCGGAGAGGCCCUCCUCGCCCCCGCCCCGCCCCGGCCGCUGGAGAGGCCGAAGAUAAAGAGAACCAGCAAGCGGCCAACAGUUCAAACCAGCCACCUGCUCGCCGUGGGUACCGGCGCCCGUACAACUACCGGCGUCGCCCCCGACCUCCCAGUGCUCCUUCCCAAGAUGGCAAAGAGACCAAGGCAGGCGAGACGCCAUCUGAGAAGCCCGCUCCCGCCACCGAGCAGAGCAGUGCUGAGUAACACCAGGCUCCCAGGCACCUUUACCAUCAGCAGGUGACCUAAAACAAUUAAUGACCAUUAGAAAAAUGAAGCACAAAGCAGACCAUGACCUUACCAACACCAAAGAAACAUCCAAGCAAUAACAUGGAAGACUCAGAACCAAGAUAUGGACAUUCGAAUGUUUACGAUUAUUCUUUAUGAAACCGACAGCUACACAAAAAGGAAACCAUCAGCCAAGUUUGCUAAGCAAGUGGAGAUCCCGGGAACGCCUGCACGCAAGACGAGAGAGCCACCUCCCCAGUUUCAGCAACCACUAGGUUUAUAUUUUUUUCCUGGUUUUUACUGUUUUGGUAAUACGAAUUCAAAGAAGAAAUAUUAAUACCGCAUGGGGAGAACCCCAGCCAAAGAAAUCUGAAAUAUAGAGUAAAUGCUUUUUUAUCCUUUUUUGUUCAUUUUGGAUGCUGGUGCUAAACUUCCAAGUGUUGCGAUUUAAAAAGAAAUUUUAUGCCCUUAUUUAUUUCUAGGAUGAGGGGAGGAUAACAUUUUGGCUUUCUUUGUGACUCUAAAAAUGUGCAGUAUGAAGUUCCUCAAAAAUAAAAUUUUUACCCUUGAAAGGAAAAGAUG